AGAAAAAAAGCUAAUUUCUUUGGAAAUUAAUGAGCGUGCAAAGAAUAUUGUUAAUCAAUUAAAACAAAGUGGAAUGAAUACUAUUCAAGAUAUUAAAAUACCUUUUGUUCCAUCACUUACAGUCGCCAAAGUUGUACGUGAUGGACUUGUACGAAGUUUUCCAACAACUUUAUUGGUAGAAGGUGACAUUGUAGAAAUGUUAUACGGUGAUAUUGCCCCAUGUAGAAUGAAAUUGAUUUCUGAUAAUGUCCCAAAAGAAUUUUCUGUAAAACAAUUGGAACUAUCACAAGUUUUUAAACCAUCAUUUUUUAGUGGAAUGUCAUCAAAAGAUUUAUGGGAGAUGCAUAUUAAAAAUAAAGGAAGAUAUCAAUUUGUCCUUUUGGAAACUCCAUG